AUGGGCGCGGGGGGCUCAGUGCUGAGCGCCAAUGUUCGCAGCCACAUAGGACGAGAGUUCGAGCGACUGAAACAGCAGGGCAGGAACUAUCUUGUGCUGGCAGAGCUGCGGAACAUCCAGUCCAUCGAGGAUCUUCCCAUUGACAUGCAACAUAUCGGGACUGUGUUUGUUCUGGAUAGCGAUCGCAAUGGCAGGGUUACCCUCUCAGAGCUCUACGAGUUUGCGGCCUUGUGUUCGCGAAAGCGCGAGGAAUUCCGUCAGCACGACUAUCCUAUGCAGCUGCAAGGAUUCUGCACGCUGCGGAUGUUGGAUACGGUCCUGUCGGAAGGGAUGGAACUGUUCGUGCGGUGGUUCCAAGCGCUGUUCACUGAGGGCUACGAGGAGUGCUUUCUCCCAGAGUAUCCGAAUGUCGCAUUUGUGGGAAGAGACACUGCACAUCUUAUGCACGAGGUUCUCCACGUUGACAAUGUUUAUGGGUAUGACAUGCAAAGUUUCUUUGAUCUGUUGCAACGAUCAGGAGAAGAGCUCGGAAUUAUGUCACUGGAAGACGAAAGACUGGAUGAACUUGUGCCAAAACUGGUUGUAGAGAAAUUCGCAAAAUCAUUCGGGGAAGGAUUUAUAAAUCUUCUACACAACGAACUCAAGUUCAGAUCACCAACAGAAGGCAGGUUGGGUUUGUAAAUAGAAUUAUUGUUUCUGCUGUG